AUGGCUGAAACUGAAGAAUUUUUAGUACGCAGCCUGAAGGUUACUGAUAUGUCAGCACACACGGCGGCGCGAUGCAGGCACGGCAACCUGGAGCGCGCGCUGCAGGUGAUGGAGCGCAAGAUGCGGUCCAGCGGCAUCGAGCGGCUCAUCAAGCGCCGGACGGAGCACCACGUCAAGAACUCGGAGAAGCGCGUGCUCGCGCGCAAGGCGCUCAUGGCGCGCGUCCGCUCCCAGGAGCUCGGCAAGAGCCUCCGCGACAUCCUCAUCAAGAAGAUCAG